AUGACUGAAAUGGAGUACCAGAAUAUUACCUUUCGUUCUCAAAGAACCAAACAAUUAAAUGAAUCACUAAACAUAUCGUUCGUAUCGACCGCCUCAGACUAUUUAGCGAGAAGCCUACCAGAUCUAUCUACUGCACAGCUAUGUGACGAGGACUCUGAGUACUUUAAAGAACAAAUAUUAAAAUUACAGGAACAACUUCAAAUAGCACAUGCAAAAAUAGAUAAUUUAAACUCGGAAAACAGCAAUCUUAAACAGCGAAUUAAUGAACAUGAACGGAAAAUCCCACAGUUAAAACAAAUUUCUGCGGGCUCGCCACAAACUGGCAAAACUACUGCUUCUCUAAAAAUGAAGAAAAAACAAAAAUUACAAGAAAAAAAUUCGAAUGUGAGUAUUGGAUAUCUUGGGCUCAAAACAGAUUACGACAAUCGACCAACAGAUGGCGACACCAGUGACAUGCACAUUCAACAAAAAAAUAUGUCAGAAAUACCAGCAUCUGAAGGGUUUCCAGAUACUAAAAAUGCAACAGGAUGUGACGUUGGCGUACAGGUAACGACAAUGUAUAAUUCUAGUCCCAAUCCACCACAGAAUAACUCUAAAAGCUUAGUAAACACAAGUGUACAAAACCGAAAAAUAUUCAUUAUUGGAGAACAACAAUGUAUGGGUCUUUGUAAAAAACUAACAGUUUCGAGGGAUACAAAUAACUACGAAACAUACGAAAUAUCUUCCUUUAUAAAACCGUUUGCCAAAUGUAAUGAGUCCUUGAAACCAUGCUAUAGCUUGGAAAUAUCAAAAAAACAUUGGGUAAUACUAUGUAUUGGUGAAAAUGACUCAAACCCAAACCAAAUCCAAUUUCACUUAAGAAUAGUUUAG